AUGCGAAUGAAAAGAAAGGAGGCGGAUGAAGUAGUAGCUGAUAUUGAUGAUGAGGAUUUGGCAUGGCUUACCAUAGAUGUGAAAACCAGAAGAACUCUGGUUAAAGAAGAGUAUUCCUUUCAAAGGAAGAAAAAGAAGCUAGGAGAAAACAAGGAGGAGGAGAGCAAGAAAGAGAAAGAGAGUGAGGAUCUUGAGAAGAAGCCUGAGAAGGAUCAUGAGCUAGAGAAGGAACUUGAGAAGGAGCCUGAGAAGCAGCUUAGGCUAGAGAAGGAGCCUGAUCUAGAGAAGGAACCUGAUCAGAAGGAGCUAGAGAAGGAGGCUAAGAAGGAGGCUGAGAAGGAGCCUAAGCUAGAGGUUGGGAAGGAACUACAUAAGGAGGCUGAGAAGGAUCUUGAGAAGAAGUCUGAGAAGGAGCCCGAGCCAGAGGUUGGGAAGGAGCUAGAGAAGGAACCAUCAACUGACCAACCAAGUCAUGUCAUGAACAUUGAGUUCACAAGUGAUAAGUCAGAACUAGAUCAAUCAUUCAUUGAUGCGAUUGUUAAAAAUUUUGGUGUAGACCAGUCUUUGCAUUUGAUGUUCCAAAGGGGGGAAGGUGAUGUUGAAGGUGAUGUUUAUAGGGGGGAAGGUAUCCCUGAUGUUGAGAACAAGGAUGUUCCAAAGGGGGAUGCUGAUGUUGAAGGUGGUGUUCAUAAGGAUGUUCCAAAAGGGGAAGGUGAAGGUGAAGAGAACAAGGAUGUUCCAACAGCAGAAGAGGAGCUACCCAAAUUGUCAAAGGCAAAGGCUAGUGAAGGUGUAGCCGAUGCAGCAAAGGGGAUAGAUAGCGUUAUCCCGAAGAGCCUUGAGUAUUGCGAAGCUUCUACCACCUAUGACUCUGAAGAUGAAUCACAGACUACAAAUGUGUAG